AUGAUGAUUGAAAUCAAGAGAGGUGGACCGAUUGCUUGUUCGAUCUCCUGUACUCCAGAGUUUGACUUCAACUAUACCGGAGGCAUCUAUUCACAGAAGAGUGGAAAGGAAGCUGAGCCAAACCAUAUCGUCUCGGUUACUGGAUGGGGUGUGGACGAGAACGGAGUUGAACAUUGGAUCGUACGCAACAGUUGGGGCGAGGAAUGGGGUGAGAAGGGAUGGUACCGUGUUGUGACAUCCACGUAUAAGAACGGUACUGGUAACGAGUACAACAUGGGCAUCGAGAAGGACUGCUAUUACGCCGACGUCGACGUCAGUAAUCUUGAUUAG